CCACGGCACACGGCAGUGCUGUUUAAAUGCUGACGCGCUUCGGUUCGGGGUUUCGGUACGGCGUGCGUUUCCCGUGCCAAAAGUGCGCAUACACACGGGGUGGCUAAUUUAAGACGCGUUAAUCGAACCGCGUACUUGCGUGCGUGUGUGUGUGUGUGAGAGAAUGUACGUGUGCACCAGUUUGAAGUGAGUUUUUUUGUUGUUGUUUGCUCUGCUAAUAGGAAGUUUUGGUGCAGUUUAUGUGCAUGGUCAGUGCAAGGACGAAAGGUUUCAAACGAUCGAAGCCUAGCGAGUGUCCAAGGAUGUUGCGAAAACGUUCGUCGUUAACCGUAAUGCAUAAAGAAUGAAGAAAAGUGAUGUGAAGUGUCUGAAACUGCAGGUCAGUUUGGUGCAUGAAAGAUGAUACCAGUGUGUGUGUGAGAGUGUGUGUGUGUAAUUGAUACAGAGAAAAUCCUCUUUACCGCUUUAACGUGAAAGAAAAAAACACGCCCCUAACAAAGGUAAACGCGUUGAAAGGUGGAGAGGGGUGGGGAGAGCAGGUGCUAAGUGAUGCAAAACUCUGUACCAAUGGCUGGUGUUGUGUUUACACUGUGUCUUCUAUUGCAUCGUUAGAAUUGUGAGCUUGUGAGCGUAUACUUUUCAGUUUUCUUUCGUUUGCAUUAUUCUGUGAAAAGAAACGAAGUGAGUUUCCAGUUGGGAAGUGUACCACCAUUGCCACAUGCCACGUUCAAGAAGAAAAAGAAAAGUGUCCAGUGAGAGUGAUUAUUAGUUUGGAAAAGCACAAAAAUAUAAAAUAAUAAUACAAAUCCCAACAUGGUGUCGUCUGUGGCCGGCCCGGGUGCCACAAUGCUUCGACGGUGUUGUGCAAAAACGCUACCGGCGGCGCUGCUGUUCGCGCUUAUCGCGCUUUCCGGAAGGAUAAAACCCACCGCAGCCAGCAGUUCCAUCAUUGGCGACGAAAAUGGUCCACUAAUAGACGUCCAAACGGCGGUCGGGCUGGAUGUGUCCUUACCGUGCGAUCUACUGCCAACGACCAUGACCAUGAUGACGGACAAGGUCUACCUGGUCAUCUGGUACAAGGAGGGCAACACGAAGCCAAUCUACUCCUUCGAUGCGCGGGGCAAGAGCCUUCAGCAGGCGAUCCACUGGUCGGACGAGGCGGUGCUCAAAUCGAAGGCGUACUUCUACUACGACACCAACCCACCGGCCCUGCGCAUCAAGGGCGUCAAGCAGGAGGAUGCCGGUCUGUACAGAUGUCGGGUGGAUUUUCACAAAUCACCCACGAAAAACUGUCGGAUCCAGCUGGAUGUUCUUGUACCGCCGGCGAAGAUUACCAUCCUGGACGAGCAGGGGGCGGCCGUGCUGAACAACGUCGUCGGACCGUACCGGGAGAAUGCGGACAUUAAUAUGACCUGCAUCUCGAGCGGUGGCCAGCCGGCCCCGAAGGUAACCUGGUGGCGGGAGCAUGCCCUGCUGGACGAUUCGUACCUCGUGCUGCCGGACGGUACGGUUAAGAACGUCCUCUAUCUGGAGAAGCUGUCACGCCACGAUCUACACUCGGUUUACACGUGCCAAGCGAGCAACGGUCACGUCGUGCCACCGCUUUCCAGCGCCGUCAAGCUGGACAUGAAGCUACCACCACUGUACGUGCGGAUGCAGGGCUUGCGGGAAACGCUAACGGCGGGCGUGAAGACGCAAGUAUCCUGCACCACGGCCGGCAGCCGGCCGGCACCGAGCGUUGUCUGGACGAAGGGAUCAUCCGUCAUCCGUGGCUCAUCGCAAACGACGUCUAACGACGGAAAUGUCACCGUAUCGGAGCUGGUGUUCGUGCCCGGUCCGGAGGAUAAUGAAAAAUCAAUUACAUGCUCAAUUAGCUACAGCGAGGGAGACGGACCGACCGUACUGCUCAAGGAUACCCACGUGCUGAACGUCAAACACGUGCCAGUGAUAUCGCUGGCGCUCGGGGCGCCCCUCAACUCGCAAAACCUGAUGGAAGGCUCGGACGUGUACCUCGAGUGCGACAUCAAGGCGAACCCACCGGUGAAGAAAAUUGAAUGGUUUCACAACAACAAGCUGCUCCAGUCGGCACGCGGCAUUAUCGUGUCCAAUCAGACGCUCGUACUGCAGAGCAUCACCAAAUCCACGCACGGCGAGUACAUGUGCCGGGCGUCAAACAGCGAAGGCACCGUCAACAGUAAUCAGCUCUAUUUGGAUAUCAAAUAUCCGCCGGUGUGCAAAUCGGAGGCGCAAAUUAUCCGUGCCGCGGUAAAGCAAACGGUCAACAUAACCUGCGACAUCGACGCCAACCCGAUGCCAAAUCUGUUGUUCCGGUGGCAGUUUAACAACUCGCUCGAAAGUAUGCUCGAGCUGCCACCGUACACGAACGUCGAGUCGGAAGCGGCCAACCUGGCGCUGGCCGAGAUUGACCUCGAGACCAAUCACAUGGGCCCCAGCCUGGAGGAGAUGGUACGGAAGAAGCUGGAACGGUUAGAGCACUCCGUGCGGCAACAGCAGCUGCAGCAGCAGCAGCAACAUCAUCAUCACCUGCUGCACUCGGGCUCGCACAAGGAGGAGGUGCCGCUGGUCGACGGCCAGCUGUACAUGUACCGGGUGGACACGUUCAACAGCUUCGGUACGAUCAGCUGCACGGCCACCAAUUCCUACGGCCAGAGUGGACACUGUGCCUAUCACAUACUGGUCGCUGAUGUACCCGAUCCCAUCAAGAGCUGUACCGUGUCGAAUGUGACCGCGUACACCGUGCACAUAUCCUGCGUUGCUGGCAAGGACGGUGGAAUACCGCAACAGUUUCACAUCGAUGUGUUCGAGGAGUCGAAGCGAAAGUUGCUGCAAAGCGUCAGCUACCAGAGCCCCGAGAUGCUGCUGAAGAAGCUGCCAAGUGACACGAAGUUCAUCAUCAAGAUUACGCCCUACAACCUGCAAGGUACGGCACCGACAAGCUACCGAGUGAAGGCACAAACGCUACCGGCUCCUUUGUUAAGAACGGCUCCAUCGAAGGCCGUGCUCGUGCAGCUUACGCCCCUGCUGGGGGCUCUCGUCGGGGCCGCCGUGACACUCUGCCUGGUCGCACUGUGCAUCAUCGUUUUCGUAAAGUUCAAAACGAAGAAGAAGCACCACCAGACGGCCAGCACCGAGCAGGACAAGGGCAGCGCGGAACCGCUCAGCCGCAACAUCGGCAGCCACUCGAGCAUCGACGACAAGAACCCGGACGUGAUACCGCACGAGAACAGCGAGGACGACGACGAGAAGCAGUUCGAACGGUUGGCGCUGAAUGCGGACGGGCUCAAGUUUGCCGGACACACGGCCACCGCAUCGUCCGGUGCGUACUCACCCACCCACCACCAUCUGAUGUCGCCGAGCGGGAAUGGCUUCAAGAAGUUCGGUGAGCUAUCGCUCACAACCAACCCGGGCUACGCGAUAUACAGCUCGCCGAUACGGAGCUACGGUAAGCCGAGCCCUGGCCAGCAGCAGCAGCACCAGCUCGGCUCCCUGCUGCUCUCGACGACGGCGGGCCCCCAGGGCACCACCACCACGACGACGAGCGCACCGGCCGGCGCCAGCCUGCUGCUCACGUCCGGUGGCCCGGGUGCGGUCACCACGCUGCCCACGCGCACCUCGCCCAACAUCUACACAAGACUGCCGCUGCGCGACUUUACGCCGAACAGCUACGACAGCAUGCUCAGCACCUCGCAGACGACCUCCUGUUCGUCCUCGUCGAACGGUGGGUACGCGACGUCGCAGAUCUACACCGCCAAGAUGCCACUGCUGACGACCAACUACACCGCGCUGGACAGUACGGUCGGGCCCGGCCUCGGUCUCGGCGUCGACAAGUGUUGAUAGUGUGUGUAAAAGGUAAGCCGUGGGGGACGGUGUGGGCACGCGCGUGUGUUUAGCUAGGGUAGCUGUGAAAAGGGACGGAACAGGUAGCCGACAUGACAUCGAUCGCGGUCGAGCCGGUGCUGCCCGGGUGCUAACGAAUAGGGCAAUGCUUUCUGGGCACAAACGCGGCCUACGUCCUUCGUUUGUGGUUAAGUUUUUGCUAAAAAGCGCUUCCAAUUUUGCAUGCAAAAGGAUGAAACUGCAAACUGGAAGCGAAUUGCUACAACUAAGAUGUGCCAUUUUCACGAAUAGAAGAGGAAAGCAACAGAUAGGGAGAGAGAGAGGGAGUCACGAGAGAGAAAUAGAAAUUAAGGAAAUCCGCUGGCAAACACAGGGUAUACCAGGAAUUGGCGUAAUGGACAUUUAAAUCCAGCCGGACGAGAAACACAAACGCUCAAUUUUUAGUUCCAAUACUCUCCAAUACCAAUACUUUAUGUUCAUUUAUUUCAACACACUGCUCCUUUGAGUUGUGAAAAGUUCGCGAAGCACGUGCGAGUGAACUGAUAAUGUAAUGAUUAACUGAGCUGAUCAAUACUGAUGAACAGCGGGAGAGAAACGUGCACGAUCAGUAGUAUUAUCAUCACUCAAUUGAUACAUUUACUGCGCUACACUCGUCUCAUGGUGGCCAUGUCAAACGGCUCCCCUAAAACCCCUUAUUCCUUCCCCAUCCUCUGUUAGCUCAUCGGAAGUGUGUAUUUACUCUACAAUGGACCGCUCACCCGGCUGCAAUGCCGGACAGUGGUAACUGAGGUGUGAAACUAACGCUCUUCGAUUUAUGUACAUUACAUUGACACCGCAAUUCGAUUCGAUUAUGUAGCCUGUUGUUGCCUCACCAUUGCCUUGUUCCUCAUAUCAUCAUAUGUUCCUCAUCGUUUCGGUGCCAGUGCGACGUGCUCCGUUAAUUGGAACCUACAACCUAUUACAACGCGUAAUUGGGAAAGCUGUUGAACCACUGUUUCACUGUUUGUCUGUUAUCUGUGGAUUGAAACGUUCACUAGCCCCUCGUCGGCCUGAAACGAACGUUCAAACGUUGUUUUGGAGAAUCAAAAGUAUUAUUUAGUUAAAUUUACAGAAACACACACACACACACACCCUCCCGUUCAGAGUUUAUUUACGGUGCAGAGUAGUAGACAUAGUAGUGUAGCGUAAUUGUAUGCGUGGGUAAAGGACGAAGGAUUGUGCGGGCUGCCCUCUCCGCCCGUGUGUAACAUAAUGGUAAGCUAAGCUUAGGUAACAAUGCGAACGACAAAAGAAACGCGGAGACGGACAGCAAGGGACAAUAAACAGAUAGCGCCCACGAGUUAUACCGAUAGAGUGUAAGUGUGCAGCGGCACACUGUAUAUAGUACCCCCUCACUUUGUACAUAUCCUAUGCAAAAGAUAGUCUAAAGAAUCAAUUGAAUCGUGUGGCGUGUGUAUCCAACCGGAACCGGCGCUGGAAGCAUACCCGUAGCGUAGUCAGUACUCAGAGCCGGCCUGAACCACGGGCCUGAAAAACCGGGGGGAAACAAUUACCUAGCUAACGAUGUAGGUUAUGAAAAUUAUUUUCAAAUUAAAAAGAGAAAAAACAAACAAAACAAAGUGAUAGGGAAGUCCCCUAACCAGCUAGCAGAACAUGAGUGAGUGAAUGUAAACGAAGGAGCGAAGGAGGAUGGGUGAGCGAGUAUUUCGCCCUUUUUCUGCCAUCGAAGCAUGGGGGUUUUAAAAUCAAAUCGAAAUCUUGUAACAAAUGCAGGUGCAAAAUGCCACCAACCAUGACAAUGCCAACCAAGAACGAUUUCUUCAUUCAAUGUAUUCGAUGUAUUCAAUGUUGAGGUGCAUGGUGAGUAAAGAGAGAGAGAGAGAGAGAGAGAGAGAGAGAGAGGGCUUCAAAUGAGACAAACCCCACAGCACCGGGUGGGUAUGAUCGUCCACCAAAAAAGAAGAAGUCAUCAAACGACAACCAUAGGGAUCGCGCUAGGAGCUGCUUUUAAUUUGUAUUUUUUCCGUUAAACACUAAUCAAUCGAUCAUAUAUAUAUGAGGGCGUACACGAUAUAUGGACGAAAGUGAGGUAGUGCGGCGGGAAACAAGAGUGGCAAAAUAAACAAAGUAAAACUAUUGUGCAGGGAAAGGGAGCGUUCGUUAUGGAGAGUUUCAUUUUUUUAUGUAAAAAAACCAGAACGGAAAAUAAAAUGAUGUACAAAUAA